CCGGUUCAAAGUAAACCGGAAUGCUAAAAGUCUAAAAUCGUGUGCACUUGCCAAAGUUGUACAACUUUUCUGUUCAUGUCAUCGAAUUGUAACGUGACACGUGUAAAUCGCAUUCACAAAGCCUUUAUGAACUUUGACCAUAUUCCGGUGACUUGCUCAAAACUCAUAUGCGUUUCCCGAUCUUCUCCAUCCUCCAAAUCUAAACCCCCUAACGAUUUAAUUCGUCGUUCUGGGUUUCCCCCGCUUUGCGAUUGCGAGAUGAUGUUGCGUGCUGUUGUAAGGAGAGCUGCCAGUAAAUGCUCUUCUCAUUCGUUAUUUGGGAAAUCAUUGCAAUCUUCUCGUGUUGCUGCGUCUUCCCCAAGCUUGCUGGCUGUUUCAGAAUCAGCGGCAUUACUACAUCGUGGUAACCAUGGACAUAGCUUUCAUAACCUUGCUUUGCCAGUUCUUCUUCAAGGGAACUCAGGCUGCUCGAUGUUACCAAACUCAGCUUCAUCUACCCUGCAAAGAUGGGUCAGGCCUUUUUCAUCUGAAAGUGGAGAUUCCGUGGAAGCUGUUGUGCCUCAUAUGGGGGAAUCGAUCACCGAUGGCACCUUAGCAACUUUUCUCAAGAAACCUGGUGAUAGAGUCGAGGCUGAUGAGGCUAUUGCGCAAAUUGAAACUGAUAAGGUGACGAUAGAUAUUUCUAGCCCAGCAAGUGGUGUGAUCCAAGAGUUUCUAGUCAAGGAAGGAGAUACUGUAGAACCAGGAACCAAGGUCGCCAUUAUUGCAAAGUCUGACGCUCCUCAUGCUGCCCCAUCUGAGAAGACACCAGAGACAUGUGAUCCCAAGCCUUCUCCUCCUGCUGAAGACAAGCAGAAGCCUAAAGUGGAAAGUGCUCCUGUAGCAGAGAAACCCAAAGCACCAUCCUCGCCACCACCACCUAAACAGUCUGCUAAAGAACCGCAACUUCCUCCAAAGGAAAGAGAAAGAAGGGUUCCGAUGACAAGACUUCGGAAAAGGGUUGCAACUAGGUUGAAAGACUCUCAGAAUACUUUCGCAUUGCUGACAACUUUCAAUGAAGUCGAUAUGACUAAUUUGAUGAAGCUCCGAUCUCAAUACAAGGAUGCAUUUUAUGAGAAACAUGGAGUGAAGUUGGGGCUUAUGUCUGGAUUCAUUAAAGCUGCUGUUAGCGCCCUCCAGGAUCAACCAGUUGUAAAUGCAGUUAUCGACGGGGAUGAUAUCAUAUACAGAGACUAUGUGGAUAUUAGUAUCGCUGUUGGUACAUCUAAGGGACUUGUAGUACCAGUCAUAAGAGGUGCUGAUAAGAUGAACUUUGCCGAGAUAGAGAAGACGAUAAACACGCUUGCCAAGAAGGCAAAUGAAGGAACCAUAUCAAUAGACGAGAUGGCUGGAGGAUCAUUCACCGUUUCAAACGGUGGUGUCUAUGGAAGUCUCAUAAGCACUCCAAUCAUCAACCCUCCUCAGUCUGCUAUACUCGGUAUGCACUCGAUUGUGUCACGCCCCAUGGUGGUAGGAGGAAGCGUAGUGCCAAGACCAAUGAUGUACGUCGCACUGACUUAUGAUCACAGACUGAUUGAUGGAAGAGAGGCUGUGUACUUCCUGCGCCGUGUCAAGGAUGUUGUGGAGGAUCCUCAAAGGCUUCUUCUUGACAUAUGAAAGAAUCUGAUUCAAGGAGUCAAAAAUGUGUCUGGAUUUGAGGAGACCUGCAAUGUCUUCAAAAGGUUUUGGGUAACAACAGUUUUUCCUCUUUCAAGUUUCUUUAACAGUUUCCGGGGUAUUGCCGGGCGGGAAGAAAAAGGCAUCAGUGUCUAAGUUCUUAACUUGUUUGUUGUUAUACAUUUUGAUAAAUAAUAUGUUCAAUUUUGAUCGAAUAAAAUACCCUUUUGAGGUUGGUUCUUCGACUUGAAUGAUUUUCCAUGAAUUUCUUCUUUUUCUCAGGCCUUGAAUGAUAAUUCGUGUGCUUUCUUUU